AUGUCAUCGGGUCAGGCUGAAACACAAAGCCAGUCUGUAGAGGCCACGCUACCCUCUCGUGCAUCUCCACCGGCAUCUACCACACAAGAACGCUCCACUUCACAUGGACAGCACGAAAAGAAAGCUCAUCCACAAAAAACCCCCAAAGAAAUAGCAGAAACCACUACGACCAACGCCGAAGAAACAUCAUCAUCAGGAACCUCAACAUCAAACUCCGAUACCGACACCGCCUCCAACCCAGGCGACACAGACAUCUCAAUCCACACCAACCCAGCAGCACUACUAGCCACUACCAAACCACCAAACACCGACAUCCACAACCGCCUAACAUCAUUCUUCUCCCAGCUCGCGGAGAAAAGAGCUCAUCCAGACGAAGGUGCAAAUGAGGUCAUCGAGCACGGGACGGACUCGGAUUCUGGAUAUGAAGAGGAUGACGAUGGGAAGCAGUAUGUAGAGCUGGAUUUGGCGUUGGGUGUGUUGAGUGAGGGCGAGGGGAGGGAUGAGGUGGGUGUUGAGGUGCCUGAGGAUGAUGGGCUAGACGAGGAUGGUGAUGGAGUUGAGGGUUCUGAUGAGCAGGGAGCUUCAGAUGUACUCCAGGAUCUAAAAUCUAUUGUCGGUGAGAAGAACGAAACAGAAGAAGAAGAGGAAGAUUGA